CUUCAAGAAUGUGUUUUGCUAUGAAAGGUAUCAUAACUAGAUUCUAGAUCUAGGUCUAGAUCUAGAUCUAUACUCUAAACUUUGAAAAUUAACAAACUUACAGAAACAGCUACUCAAGUGAGCGUUUGUACCAGUUGGGGAGAAUGUCUCAUGGAACUGAACACAAGGAAGACGCAGGAGAACUCUAUGAAUUCUACGCCAAACCUGCUCACGACUUGCCAGUCUACGAGAACCCCGCGAGUGUGACGAUCAAUCGACGACACAGCCGGAGUCCACAUUCCCAUGCUCAUGACGAUAGAUUACAUGAUAAAAACUCGAGCCCAAAACGGUCAUCAGCAAUUGACCUGGAACACCCACGAGAUAGGUCAUCUCGCCUUGCCAGUGGCCGUGUCAGACUGAGGCCUUCAGAACUGGUUCGGUCUGAAUCGGAGAGUGACGUGGAUUCAGUCUCCGAGACGGUAAUCGAGGAAGUAUCUCCGCUCCCCUCUCCUCGACGACGCCCAAAUAAGGGGAUCGGUUGGCCUUUCACUGUCAUUUCACAAGUGAUAGAUGUUCCCUCGUUAUCUGACGAAUGGAAAGAACCGUGGGCCCGGUUCGUUCCCCGGAUGCUGAAAGUGGGCCGCAUUCUGAUGACGAUCUUCACGUACUUCUGCGUGAUCUACGGCUCCCUCACCAUCCUGGCAACGUGCGUGCACAGACAGAUACAGUUCACCCCCUUCAAUUUGAGCUUUGUCGUCAAUGGCACUUUCGGUAUCAUACACCGCUACUAGAGACUGAAACUGGCGGAAUUUGGAGCUCAAUACUGUUGUUAGUUACAUGAGAGAAUUGUCUGAACUCUCUCAAGAAGAGCAAGCAAACUGCAUUUUUAACGCAUCUACCUUAUCCUCAGUUCAAAAGUUUUCAAUUUAUAUCACAGACAGAAAGAUGAGAUAAUGUAUCUAAACAUGCCACAGGACCAAGGAGAAUUGAAGUUUUGUUUAACAAUUAAAUAGGGAGAGCACGUGACACCUCAUAGUUAAGAGAGUGAAUGUUAAUUUUUUUAAUUGAAUUUCUGGACUACCUGGAUGCUCACCUGUUCCUGCUGUACAACUUUCGUCUUAAUUCUCAUUCUUCUCUUUUCCCAUUUUGAUGCAAGUAUUAACUCUCUCACAGUCAAUGUUUCAAAAUGUGUUUGCGAUCCACACAUUCGUAAAAAAUGAGUCUUGCCAUGUUCGUCAUCGGUGGACCCAAACCAGAAACAUCGCAGAGGUCUCACAAGUCCGCAAUGUGGGCCAAAGGUUGAGUUUGAUAGACUGCGAAUGUUGAAUUUCUGCCGGAUAAUUAAAAGUAAGUUUUAUGAAUUCAGCUUGAAAAUACCGAAGUGUCCCGUGACAAUUAAUAAUAAAGUCUUGUUGAAUAAAACA